AUGAAACACACUGCAGCCGAGCCAACGCAAAUUGGACUUGCAGUCCUCUUCCUGUGUGGAUCUUCGAUGCUCGAUGAACUGACUGAUAUCCAGAAUUCUAUUGAUCGUCUUCGUGACAAGCUGAACCUGUCUGAGAACAAUUUGAAGCAUCUCCAGGAUACACAACUUAUGUUGGAAAAGGAAAUACACAUGAAGAAUAAUUCAAUUCAAGUAGACAAGGAUCAUUGUGUGCGUCAUCGCAUGGCCUUUCCGGACGCUGUGAGACUUGAAGGCCAUUAA